AUGGAUGCCUUGUCCUCCACCUUCAUCCCCAAAUCCCUUGCUCCUAGCAAUGCUACCGCCAUAUCCACACCCAUUGUUUCCCAACCUCCUCAACUCUACAUAUUUUCCGUUAGAAUUCAGGGAAAACAGCUGAAUUCCUCUGCCACAACUUCAAAAUUAUCAAACACUGCAUCGCCAGCAACACCUCUUUCACCACUCAAGAAUAUCAUGGCUCCAUCAACAGCAAUUACACUCAUCUUCAAUGCGGUUCGUGACACUUUAGAAAACUUCAUAUACCCUGAUCUCAGCCCCUCUCUGGAUCCCAGGCUCGUGCUUGCUGGGAACUUUUCCCCAGUUGAUGAGCUUCCUCCAACAGAGUGUGAGGUAAUACAAGGGACCCUUCCACCAUGCCUGGAUGGUGCAUACAUCCGCAAUGGUCCCAACCCUCGGUACCUUCCUCGUGGUCCGUACCACCUCUUUGAUGGCGAUGGGAUGGUGCACUGUGUUAGAGUCUCCAAAGGACGAGCCACUCUCUGUAGCCGUUACGUCAAGACCUACAAGUACAACGCUGAGCGUGAGGCUGGAUUCCCCAUUGUUCCCAGUUUCUUGUCUAGCUUUAACGGUUUAACUUCGUCUGCCACCCAUUUUACUCUUUAUGCUGCUAGAAUUCUAACCGGUCAGUACAAUCCUGCAAAGGGCAUUGGUCUGGCAAAUACUAGUUUGGCCUUGUUUGGAAACCGUCUUUAUGCACUUGGUGAGUCAGAUCUACCCUAUGCUUUACGCUUGACAUCCAAUGGGGAUAUAGAAACAUUGGGUCGCCAUGAUUUUGAUGGGAAGCUGUUUAGGAGCAUGACUGCCCACCCCAAGUUAGACCCUGACACGGGUGAGACCUUUGCUUUCCGUUAUGACCCCAUAUUUCGCCCAUUUCUAACGUACUUCUACUUUGAUCCGAAUGGAAUCAAACAGCCAGAUGUGCCUAUUUUUUCUAUGGUCACUCCAUCUUUCAUCCAUGACUUCGCAAUCACGAAGAACUAUGCCAUUUUUGCUGACAUACAAAUAGGAAUAAAUCCCAUGAAAAUAAUACUUGGAUCGGGUUCUCCAGUGAGUUCAGAUCUGACUAAAGUGCCUAGAAUUGGGAUCAUCCGUCGGUAUUCAAAAGACAAGUCAGAAAUGAAAUGGUUUGAUGCACCAGGGUUCAAUCCUAUACACGUGAUCAAUGCAUGGGAUGAGGAUGAUGGCAAUGCCAUAGUCAUGGUAGCACCGAACAUACUAUCAGUAGAACACACCCUGGAGAGAAUGGACCUUGUACAUGCCCUGGUGGAGAAAGGACUUGACCUAAAGACAAGGCUAGUAACAAGGCAGCCCAUUUCGACGAGAAAUCUAGACUUCGCAGUGAUCAAUCCAGCAUACGUAGCCAAUAAAACCAAAUACGUUUACGCAGCAGUAGGCGAUCCAAUGCCAAAAAUUUCAGGAGUGGUGAAAUUGGACGUGUCAAAAGGAGAAUUGGAGGAGUGCACAGUGGGUAGCCGGAUGUAUGGAGCAGGGUGCUAUGGUGGGGAACCCUUCUUUGUAGCAAAGGGGCCCGGAAAUCCAGAAGCGGCGGAGGAUGACGGCUAUGUUUUGCCAUUUGUUCACAAUGAAAACACGGAAGAAUCAAGUCUGCUGGUGAUGGAUGCAUAG